AGAAUGUAUUGUAGUAAAAAGUUAUUUAGCUCAGAAAUGUAGUAAAGUAAAAGCUGCAGUACAAACACACCUUAGUGUAGGUUACAGUAAACUCUGCUGACAGUUCAGGUGUGACCUCGAUAAAACAGACAGCACGUGGAGAGACCGACUGAUCAUCUGAAGUCCGUCACUUGACAGAGGAGCAAUGUCUGUCCUCAGAUUUAUCAGAGAAGCUCCAACUGGCUCUCUCUCCUCACAGAGACACUAACACAUAAAGUCCUGUUCCAGUGUGUCGGUACCUCCUGCAGCUGCCUGUUCUGUAGCAUUCCAAGCAGCCCCUGGACAUGAACUAGCUUCUCCUUUGCAGAUAUGCAUGAUUUAAACAGUCCAACUAUUUCUUUUUUUUGCUUUUCCUGGAUAAGAGUCAGGCCAGGAGUGUUGUCUUAGAAAAAUAAAGAGUGGAAUUAAAUGAUUGGUUCCCUGAAUUUUAAAUGAAAUGAAAUGUUAUGUUUUAUUUGAGCAUGAGUGCUGGACUGGGGGGCGUAGCCCAACCCUGCACCCGCCUCCAUCCGGCCGUGCUGCCCCCUCCCAAUAACCACCACUUCUUUUCCUGUUCCUGUGGGUGCUUGGAUGCACAAUUCUUGUAUGACGACUGAGUCCUUUUGCUGGAGUACAUAGGAAGAGGAAUUUUCCAUAAGCUUGGAAACCAGCUUAAAAGGCAGCAGGGACAAUUGAAAAAGUUUUGAUAUUUGAAGACAAAGCAGGUUUUUCUCGUUUGUCGAAGGAUAACAGGAAGUCGUUACAGGGCUGCCUCCAUGUUCAGCUGGCGGGAGUGAGAUUGUCAGAUCAAGACAAGCCUGCAAAGUCAGACUGUGAUACAGAAGAACGGGUUUCUUUACAGCCAUAAUCAUCUGAGCGAUGGCUUAUCAUUCCCGUGGAGAGACCCAGACCUCGCUCGCCGACCUCUUGUUGGAUUAUCUGGAGGAGAUCAGUGAUGAAGAGCUGAAGAGGUUUAAAUGGAAACUGAGUAACACAAAAUAUAAAGAGUUAAAGCCCCUUCCCAGGGGUCAGGUGAUGGGCUUGGAUAGAACAGACCUCGCCGACAAGAUGAUAAGUUGCUACAGUAAAGUUGAUGCUCUCAAUGUCAUGCUUGAAAUCCUGAAGAAGAUGAACCUGAAUGAUCUUGCUCAGAGACUGGAUGAAGACCUACAGAAGGGUACCCAAGCAGAAAGUCAGCAGAGUGCCAUACCAGCGGAGGCUCCUCGUCCAGUGGUCCCUAAUCAGAUAGAUGUGCUGUUUGUAGACCGACACAGGACAGCCCUCAUCCAGAGAGUGUCACUGAUUGACCCCAUACUGGACGACCUCCAUGGGAACAUCGGCGGGGAAAAGUACAAUAACAUACGUGCUGGCAGUACCAGCCAGGACAGGAUGAGGAGGCUGUAUGAGGCGUUAAACACUGAUAGUCUGAAAGAGCUUUUUUUUGCCUCCCUGAAUAAGAAGGAACCACACCUUGUCUCAGAAUUGAAAAGAUCUUAAUUGGACCAGUAUGCAAAACUCCAUUCCCCAUUCCAAUUCUCCCAGCUUACAGGGUGUUCCUCAGGCAGUGCCCUGUGAAACUGGCUCAUUCGCUCUGCUCUAAACUCUUAUUGGCCCUUGGUUGUACACAAAUAACACAGCAAAUACAUUUCCAUUGGUUUAAUAAAAAAUAAAAAACACAGGAACUGACUUGAGUAUUUUAACACUGGUCAGUCACAAAUGUCUUCCAAACUGUCACUGCAGGAUGUCACUGAACAUUUUUCUCUUCUUCCUUUGAUCGGUCUGUAUCUCCUGCCAUUGAGCUCUUCUCUUCACAAAGUGAGUCAGGGCAAAUUUUGCCCAGACAUGACGGGCAAACUGAUCUGAUCUCAGCACAGACUCACUGGACCCUGAAAGGGAGACAAGGAGACGUUUGUUGCAGUGGGAAGCGGUUUUAACUGCUUUUUUGGAGUUCCAUCAAAACAUCGAACAAGACUGUUGCCACCCUCAGAUGUCUAUGAUAAAUCCUUGCUUUCGAAGAACAGAUAAUUAAGAAGUUUUAAUCUCCAUACCAAAUCAGGCUAACUACUGCUUACGAUAAACAGUGCCUGGACGACUCCCCUAAUGUCCCGUGACGGGAUAUACUGUCUUACCCAGCUCCUUUGCAAUGUCCUGCCUCUGACUCACGGUGGCGCUGUUCCAGACAGCCUCCAGGACACGACUUCCAUACCGGGAGCAGGACAGCUUGACAAAUUCACCCUGAAGCCAAAGCUAGGAAAUUAGAGAUUAAACAUUCACUAGAUAUAGCCCCCCCCUUCCGUGUGACUGGAUUUCAGAUGGUGUUUACUAGCUGAAAUGUCGUUUAAUUUUAAUUAGGCAUAUCUCAUUUAUGUCAUAUACAAUUUUACUUGUAUAUGUCUGUCUUGAUUAAAUAUAUGAGGCAUCAAUUUUAUUGGAAUUUUUAUGCAAUAAAAAUGAAAGCAUUACAAUUCA